GCCGCCGCCCUCGCGCGCGUCCCCGCCGCCGGCUGCGCCCACCGCGCCGCGACCAUGAGCCUGGGCGCCGGGGGCCCCCCGAGCAGCGAUGACCAGAGUGCCUCUUUGGAAGACAAAGACUGCCCCAGCCCCGGCCUGGACACGUUGAAGGAGUCCACGUCAGGAGGGGUCAGCGCGUCCGCGUCCAGCAGCAGCGCCGAGAGCAGCUCGGACAGUGAGGCGGAGUCAGAUGAUGAGGAACCCAAGGCGGAGGGACCGACCGAGGACCCGGGGCAGCCGUCCACGGAGCAGGUGCCCGCGCAGGAGUCCCAGAGGAUCCAGCCAGCCUGCGAGCACUGUACCGCGGACACUAAACUCAGCGAGCAGGUGACCCCCAGGCUGCUGUCCAAGGGGCAGUUUCUGCUGAAGGUGGACGGGGAGGGCACGUACCAGUGCACAGAGACCGGCCUCAUCUUCGAGGUCACCCGGAAGGUGGACAUCAAGUACUGCGUCCUGUCGUGGAGCAAGUUUGCGGAGCUGGUGGAGAAGCCCUGGGUGGUCGGCGGGCCCCUGUUCGACGUGAAGUGUGAGCCCGGAGGCCUCAGCUCCAUCCAGUUCCCGCACUCCCUGUGUCUGGGGCAUCACGACACGGACAUGACCUUCCGGGUGUUCCACGUGAAGAGCUCCGGGGCAUCCCUGGAACACGCCGUGGACCACUCGGGCACGCACGUGACGUGGCGCGUCAGCUCUCUGUCCCCCGUGGGGCCCGUCAUCCAGAGCGAGGACGCCGUCUCCCACCACGGGGCCGUGAUUCUCUACAAGGCCGUCGACCAGAACCCGUCCUUGUCCUUCCGGGUCUACAUUGCCACCAACAACGAGUCCUUCAUCAAGGACAUCUCCAAGGCGGUCAAGCACUCCUCCAGUGAGGUUCGUGAGGAUCGACAAGCCCCCGGUGUGCCAGAAGAAGCUGCAGGACGGGCAAGAAGUACCGGCUCAUCAGUGAGCCCGAGGCGGAGAUCACCCCCGAGGAGAUUGAGUUUGUGGACGGCUCGCUUUUGAAGCUGAAGAGCUACAUCGAGGUGUACCUGGAGCAGCCGGUGGAG